GCGGAGCGUGCAACACUAGGCCGGCCGGCGCGACGAUCAGUUGCUCAGUUGCCUGCAGAACUGCGCAUCGCAGUCAGUUAUUCAUUCAUUCAGUUUAGUGAGUUAGUCAGUCAGUCGAAUGUGAUGAUUACCAAAAUUUUAUUUAAAAAAUCAAUCUAUAGAAAAGCGCAUAGAAAAGACAUAAGUAAUUAACCAAAGGAUUUAAAAAUGCCAUAAAUAGUAAAACGCAUACCAAAUAACACCAAAAGAGGACUAACGAAAAAGAAGAAGAAAAUAAAAAAAAUUAAAUUUUCGUCCAUUCCGUAUGUAAUAUAAUAAUAUAAAAAUUUUAAAAAUGAAAUUCUAUUACUUUGUUGAGAGAUUAAAAAAUUGAAUAAAUCGUGUAAAUAACAAGUACAAGUGUAUAAGUGUGUGAUUUUGAUCUUGGUGAAAAGUGUCAUUUCUCUUUGGAUAUAUAAUAUAAAAAUUAAUACACAAGAUGAUGAAGAAGGAGAAACCAAUGAUGUCCGUCACGGCCAUCAUUCAGGGAGCGCAGGCGCAACACUGGGCUCGAGGAAAUACUUGGUUGAGUCUGGAUAACAGUAAUAUGUCGAUGUCCUCAAUGGGUCCACAAAGUCCGCUGGACAUGAAACCAGACACAGCGAGUCUAAUGAAUGCCGGCAACUUUAGCCCCUCUGGUCCCAAUAGUCCAGGAUCGUUCAGUGUGGGUUGCCAUAGCAGUGUCCUGAGUACCUCACCCAGUGGACAAAGUAAAGGCGCAGGUUCUCCUUAUCCACCAAAUCAUCCACUUUCUGGAAGUAAACACCUUUGUUCCAUAUGUGGCGAUCGUGCCAGCGGGAAACAUUAUGGCGUCUAUAGUUGCGAGGGAUGCAAAGGAUUCUUCAAGCGAACAGUUCGCAAGGACUUGUCCUACGCUUGUAGGGAGGAGAAGACCUGCAUUAUUGACAAGAGGCAGAGAAAUCGUUGUCAGUAUUGUCGCUAUCAAAAAUGCUUGGCAAUGGGAAUGAAGAGGGAAGCCGUCCAGGAGGAACGUCAGAGGACCAAGGAACGCGAUCAAAAUGAAGUCGAGAGUACGAGUAGUUUACAUGCGGAUAUGCCAGUUGAACGAAUUCUCGACGCUGAGAAUCGUGUCGAGUGUAAAAUUGAGAAUCAGGGGAAUUAUGAGGUCUCAAAUAUUUGUAAUGCAACGAACAAACAACUCUAUCAGUUGGUGGAGUGGGCAAAACACAUUCCUCAUUUCACAUCACUGCCAAUUGAGGAUCAGGUUCGACUGCUCAGAGCCGGUUGGAAUGAAUUGUUGAUUGCCGCAUUUUCACAUCGGUCUAUUGAUGUCAAGGAUGGAAUUGUCCUCGCUGCCGGCAUCACUGUCUAUCGAAACUCUGCCCAACAGGCUGGCGUUGGACUCAUUUUUGAGCGUGUCCUCUCCGAAUUGGUGUCGAAGAUGCGCGAAAUGAAAAUGGACAAAACGGAACUUGGAUGCCUAAGAACGAUAAUUCUCUUUAAUCCCGAGGUACGAGGGCUAAAAUCAGCGCAGGAAGUUGAACUUCUUCGAGAGAAAGUAUAUGCGGCUCUUGAGGAAUAUACAAGAACGACAAAGCCCGAUGAGCCUGGGAGAUUUGCAAAAUUAUUACUGCGUCUUCCCUCGUUAAGGUCGAUUGGCCUCAAGUGUCUCGAGCAUCUGUUCUUCUUUAGGUUAAUUGGAGACAUGCCGAUUGACGCCUUUCUCACUGAAAUGCUUGAAUCGUCGCCACGCAUGAUGGAGGAUUCUUAGGAAGAGGGGGUGUGUCGCGUUUUGGGACACACCGACCUUUAAAACAAAAAACGCGAUUUUGACAAUUUUCCAUGAUUUUUUUUUCUUUUUCGUCAGGAAUUUACUUUAUAUACUUGAUUUUGUUGCUUUUACGCUUCUAUUCCCAAGCCGUAGACAUUCUUGAUUCGCAUUCAAUUUUUACAAAAACCUUUUUUUUCGUAUUUGAAUAUUAAUAAUAUUUUACCCCUGGAAAAAUUAUUUAUUUUUUAUUCUUUUUAAGGUACUUUUACUCUGUUUUUCCAUUUUUGGAAAAAAUUUUUUGUUUUCCCCUUUGGAACUAUUAAUACUUUUUGAAUUUUUGUAAAAAUUGACGCGAAUCGUGAAAUUUGUUCGAUUUCAUUUUAAUUAAAAGUACACUGAAUCAGUGUACAUUAAUUUAUUUUCUUCUAUACGCUGCGUGAAAAUGAUAAAACUUUGAGAAUGACUGGAAAUUAAUGAAAAUUAAAUGCAUGAAUGUAAAAGCGAUACAUUUAGACAUAAAUUGUUUUUUUUUCGUCAUUAAAACGCAACAGUAAAUCGAAUACUGUGAAAGAGAUAAAUGUUCCCCACUUGGAAUAUCGUUCACUUAAAAAAAAAAAAAAAAUUUAAAUGUUUUCUUCUUUUUUUAUUAAUAUUUUUUACGUAAUUUUUUUGAUUUAGGAGAAAAAUCGGUCUAAAUUGAAAGGAAAUUUAUUUAGAAAAGUAAAUAUGAAAAUUUGUUUACUAUGCGUAAAAUUAGUUAGCAAAAGGAAAAAAAAAGAAGAAAGAAGUAGUAAGCAAGAAGAAAAACUAUUUAGAAAUAUUUCUAUUUUUGUGUGAAUGCCCAAAACGAUUGUUAGUUGUUGGUUGUUGUUAUGUACUUCACGAGAGUCUUUAAUGUUAACGCCAAAAUUGGCAAAAAAAAAAAUAAAAAAAAUAUCCUGACUUUCCUUAAUCUAUAAUAUUCAUGGUUUAACGAUACUAUUAUUAUAUCGAAAAAGAAUAAUCGAUGUAUAUUUACUAAAUACAUAUAUAUAUAUUAAUAUUCUAUAAA